AUGGAGCAGCAGCAGAGCAGCUCCGGGCUGGAGUUCAAGCUCCACCCGCUCGUGAUGAUCAACGUCAGCGACCACCACACUCGCGUCAAGGCCAACUCCCCCAGCGGGGCGGCGGCGCCCGUCAUGGGCUGCCUGCUGGGAUCCCAAUCGGGGCGCGUGGUGGACAUCAGCAACUCUUUCGAAAUCGACUACACCCUGCAGAACGGGAGGGUGGUCAUCAACGAAGCCUUCCUCACGCGCAAGACGGAGCAGUACAAGCAGGUGUUCCCUAAAGUAGACAUUCUGGGCUGGUACGCCACAGGCGCGGCAGUGGAGGACGCCCACAUGCACAUACACAAGCGGAUCUCCGAGAUCAACGAGGCGCCCGUGCUGCUGCUGCUCAACCCGGCCGUCACCCCGGGGCGCCGCGACCUGCCCCUGGAGCUGUACGAGACGGAGCUGCACGUCACUGAGGGCCGCGCCGCCUUCAGCUUCGUCAGGGCCAACUUUCUGGUGGAGACCUCUGAUGCGGAGCGCAUUGGCGUGGACCAGGUGGCCAAGAUACUGCCAGGCGGCAAGGCCUCGGGCAGCGAGCAGCUAACUGCGCAUUUGAUGGGGUUGCACAGCGCUAUCAAGAUGCUGCAGCAGCAGCUCCUCACACUGCAGCAGUUGACGGCGCGUGUCAACAGCGCCCUCUCCAGCCACGCCUUUGGUCACGACUUCCUCCUGGAGCACAAUGACGCGCUGGCGGGGCUCUACCUGGCGACGCUGACCAAAGGCGUGGCGGCCCUCAACGACACGGUGGACAAGAUGGUCUUCGCAUUCGAGCCCGGCCUCAAGUCGGGAGGGGCGGGCCCGCGGCGGCGCGGCGGCGGGGGCGGGUUUGGCGGGCCGGUGAUGUGA